ACACAUGCGCAGUUGGAUUAUGUUUUCCUGUGUGACGUGUCUGUGGUCUGAACUGUUUUCAUCCUCCGUGAUGAGCCGAAGUUGUUGUAUGAAACCCUCUUGCUAGAAAAACGUACCCAUCAUUUGUUAAUUGACGACAUUUGGCUGUUCUUGUGCCUUUUUUGUGGCUGACAUGAAUCCCCCCAUGCUGGGGCAACCUUGUGGGGAACCACACCUACAAGUGGGACCUCAUCAUGGUACCUUUCCUCAGGGAUACCCUGGGGGCACACCCAGCACUGGUCCCCUCGGUGGGCCACAGAAAGCCUACAAUGGAAUGGACAGCUUUGCAGUGGGAUCAAAUUCAGUCGGUUUACAGCAGUUUCCAGGUAGAGAACAGCUAUCGGGUGGAUUGCCUCCUCCUGGAGUCAGUUUCCCUGGGGAACCACAUGCAAUGGGGGGCCAACAGAAUGGGAGACCUCUUCAAGCAAGAACUCCCGUUCCUGCCCAUGCCUCCGAUCUGCUGUCUGGCCCUAUGGGGGGUCUGAGCCUACAUCCAAAACCAGGCCAUCUACCACCUCAGGGGAAUGCAUCUGGUCCCAUCUACCCACCCCAAGCCAGUGCCUUUUCUUCUGUGCCCCACAGUAGCAUUCCUCCUGCAGGGAUGCCUUUUUACACUAGUGGUACGCAGCCACAGCAACAAACCAUGAUGGGUCAACAUGUUACUCAAGCUAGGAUGCCGCCAUCCACUCGUAGCCAAGGUGUUCCCCACGGACAUUUUCCAACUCCACCGCAUGCCUCAGCUCAAGCCAUGUCUCAAGGGCAUCCCCAUAGCCAGCCAUUUGUUCCAAUGCAAGGCCCUCUUCCACAGCAAGGGCUUCCUCAUCAGCAAGGGCCUCCUCAUCAGCAAGGGCCUCCUCCUCAGCAAGGGCCUCCUCCUCAGCAUGGUCCUCCUCCUCAGCAUGGUCUUCCCCCUCAGCAUGGUCCUCCCCUGCAGCAGGGCCCUCCCAUGCAGCAGGGCCCUCCCCUGCAGCAAGGCCCUCCCCUGCAGCAAGGCCCUCCCCUACAGCAAGGUCCUCCCUUACAUGCGGCGUACCCACCACCUCAGGGCCAUGCCCUCUCUCAGGGACCUCCUCGUGCUCCCGGGCUCCCGCCCUACCAGCCGCAGCAGGUUUACCCUCCUCAGGGAGGGAGUGAGCCUCAAAUGGAAAUGAAUGCUGGUACGAUGCCAGCACAGGGUCCUUACCCUGCUCGUGGAUCUCAGGCGCAUGGAAUGGCUCCAAGACCUCAAGGAAUGCCACAGCCACAGCCAGCCCGAAAGCUUGAUCCUGACCAAAUGCCCAGUCCUAUCCAGGUAAUAGAGGAUGACCGCAAGACCAGGAGUGGAGAUUUCUACACGAACAAGCGCGGCCUGGUGCCUCCUCUCGUUACAACACGCUUUGUGGUGCAUGACGAAGGUAUCUGCAGUCCGCGAUACAUGCGGUCAACAAUCUACAGUGUUCCAUGUACACCAGAACUUCUCAAGCAGACAGCAGUGCCAUUUGCGCUGAGUAUUUCCCCUUUGGCAAGGCCUGGCCCUGGUGAGAACGAACUUCCACUGUCUGAUUUCGGAGAGGAUGGUCCUGUCCGGUGCAUACGCUGCAAGGCUUACAUGUGCCCUCUAAUGCAGUUCAUAGAUGGAGGACGGCGUUUCCAAUGUGUCUUCUGCAAGGGAACGACAGAAGUUCCCCAGAAUUACUUUGCACACCUGGACCAUCUAGGUCAGCGUUGUGACAAGUUUCAGCGUCCUGAGCUGUGCCUCGGCUCCUACGAGGUUGUGGCCACUAAAGAGUAUUGCAAGAACUCCGUAUACCCCAACGUGCCUGCAUUUCUGUUCCUGUUAGACGUCUCCUACAACAGCAUUCGUGAUGGUCUGGUGUCUCUCUUCUGUCAAAAUAUCAAAGAAAUUUUGGCUCACUUGCCAAGGGACCAUGGCCAACAAGAAUCAAAAGUGAAGGUUGGGUUCAUUACCUACAGUAGUGUUGUACACUUCUACAACGUCAAGGCCAACCUUGUACAGCCUCAGAUGCUUGUGGUGCCAGACGUGCACGAGAUGUUUGUCCCACUUCUGGACGGUUGUCUUGUUUCCGUACAGGAAGCUUCGGCUGUUAUUGACAGCCUAGUGGAGCAGAUCCCCACACUAUUUGCGGACACGAGGGAGACUGAAACGGUGCUAGGAUCUGCCAUACAAGCAGGCCUGGAUGCAGUCAAGGCGGCAGAGUGCGCAGGAAAGCUGUUUGUAUUUCACACAACCUUGCCCAUCGCGGAUGCACCAGGAAAGCUGAAGAACCGAGAUGAUCGUAAGCUGCUGGGAACAGACAAGGAAAAGAGCCUUCUGACACCUCAGACACCAUUCUACAAUCAACUGGGUCAAGAGUGUGUGGCUGCGGGCUGCUGCGUGGACUUGUUCCUUUUCCACAGUGCAUACAUUGAUGUGGCCACCAUUGGCCAGGUGGCCAAGAUGACAGGUGGUCAAGUCUACAAGUACACCUACUUCCAGGCAGACGCUGACGGAAACCGCUUCCUGGAAGACCUCCGUCGUGAUGUGUCGAAACCCAUUGCUUUCGAUGCAGUCAUGCGGGUGCGCACCAGUACCGGUAUUCGUCCUACAGACUUCUACGGCAAUUAUUUCAUGUCCAAUACUACGGAUGUUGAGCUGGCAGCCCUGGACUCGGACAAGUGCAUCACCGUCGAGAUCAAGUACGACGACAAGCUGACGGAAGAAGAUGGAGCAUACGUCCAGACCGCCUUGUUGUACACAAGCUGUUCGGGCCAACGACGUCUCAGGGUGCACAACCUGGCCCUGGCUGUGUGUAGCCAGAUGGCUGAUCUGUUCAGGAACUGCGACCUGGACACUCUCAUCAACUGCCUUGCCAAGCUAGGCGUACGACACCUACUGGAGAGCGGAGGUGGUCCUCGCCAGGUGAAGGAAGCAGCGCUGUCCAGAGCAGCCCAAAUGCUGGCCUCGUACCGCAAACACUGCGCGGCUCCGUCUUCUUCCGGUCAACUCAUCCUUCCCGAGUCCAUGAAGCUCCUCCCACUGUAUAUUAACUGCAUGCUCAAAUCUGAUGCCAUAUCUGGAGGUCCCGAGUUGACGACUGAUGAUCGCAGCUAUGCCAUGCUGUCAUUGGUUAGCAUGGAUGUAUCCAGUACGGUGGCGUACUUUUACCCUAGACUUUUGCCCCUGCAUGAAGGGGACUCUGAAGACCUGCCCGUCGCCUUGCGGUGUACGAUGGAGAAAAUUCAAGACAAUGGGGUGUACCUCCUAGAAAAUGGAAUUCACAUGUUCCUGUGGGUUGGCAUGGCCGUGGAUCCUGGGUUCCUGCAGGAUGUCUUUGCGCAGCCAGUUGCCGCAAAAGUAGAGAUUGAAAAGGCCUCCUUGUUAGAGCUCAACACUCCAGCAUCACGAAGGGUGAGAGGUAUCAUUGAACGUGUGCGACAGGAGAGGCAACGCUACAUGCGGCUGACCUUGGUGCGACAAGGUGACAAGAUGGAACUUGUCUUCAGACAGUUUCUGGUGGAAGACCGGCACAGUGAUGGAAGCCCAUCGUACGUGGACUUCCUGUGUCACUUGCACAAGGAAAUACGUGACCUUCUCAGCUGAAACGGCACUCAGUCAUCUGUCGCAAAUGUGGCUGCUCUGAUUGGACGCACAGAGCCUCGAGUGGGACUUCGGAAAAUGUGGGGAAAGCACAACGGCGAGAAGAUCGGCGAGAGUUACAUGUUGCUUAGCUGGUAGAGCACGGGGAUACAUUUAUUAAUUAAAACAUCUUUAUGCUCUACACACGGUAUAUUAGCUCCUUGUCGAGGCAUUGCGUCACGAAAUUGCUAAACGAUUCUUCACCCGAGUUUUUCGUAAUAGAGACGGCAGGCUGAUGAGUGUCGAAAAAUGUCUCGCAAGGAAUAACGUUUCAGAGGAUCAUGAAUUCGAGAUACGAAAUAAAAUUUUUACUGAAAAGUCA